AUGUACCUACACCAGGGCCAGUUCAUGUACAUGCUGGCCUACUGCCACUGGCUGGUGUUAAACAAGGAUAUUGACCAGAUGUUCUCAACCUUUGUGAUUGGCAUGAAGUAUAAUCCAUGGGUCAUGACUGUCAAGGCUUUCAAGCAAGGUCUGCAGGACUGGUAUUCUGCACCCCACCUUCACCCUGAGCCUAUAUUCCUUCUUGAGUGCUGGGCUAUCAAAUCCUCGCUGGAUCCCUAUAUCCAUGGUGUUCAGGGAACCUCCAGGCCUCAUGUCUUCCACUUCUCCUGUCACAAAGAAGAUGUGCAGAUGUUAAUGAAGGACUACCAUUCCUCUGCCUCUCCAUGGAUGGGUCCCUAUUCCUUCCUCAACCUCUCUCAGCUCAAUACCGCCAUCCUCAAGGAUACCCUCUCUGCCCUCACUGAGCUCAACAAUGCCCAGGCCAUGAAGAAAUCCUACCAGGAUCUUUCUCACUGGAAGUGCUACACUUGA